ACCAGUCAGUCUACAGUGAUGAGGACAGUCACCAGUCAGUCUACAGUGAUGAAGACAGUCACCAGUCAGUCUACAGUGAUGAAGACAGUCACCAGUCAGUCUACAGUGAUGAAGACAGUCACCAGUCUGUCUACAGUGAUGAAGACAGUCACCAAUCAGUCUACAGUGAUUAUAACAGUCACCAGUCAGUCUACAGUGAUGAAGACAGUCACCAGUCAGUCUACAGUGAUGAGGACAGUCACCAGUCAGUCUACAGUGAUGAAGACAGUCACCAGUCAGUCUACAGUCAUGAAAACUGUCCUCUUCUUUCAUACAGUACUCGACGUCUCAGUACUGCAGGCUGACUUCAUGCUGCUAUCAGAAGACAAGAAUGAAAUGUAUCGACCUCAUUUUACACCUCAAAAAGAAAUAGAUGUUUUUCAUUACUGAAAUAUUUCCUUAAAGUUCACACACACACAUUUGUACUCACACACGCACACAGAUAUUUACACACAUACAAACGCACACACACACACACAGAUAUUUACACACAC